AUGUCUCCUCAUCUCCUGAGGAGCUCCGGCAUCCCUCUCCCCCCUCGCACAUCCAUUCCCUCCCGCACCCGAAGUGUUAUCACUUCCACCAAUGCACCAAAACUCCCACCUACUCCACAAUCCUUGUCACCAGCCACCUCACCUUCCCUGACUAACAUCCACCCCUUGGAAAAUCCCUCACCUUCCCCUUCCUCAUGUUCCACACCAUGCUCCCCAUCCUCAACCGAUUCUAGCUUCGAACGGGCUGUGACCCAACUCGACCGAAUGAUUACUGAUGACCGAAUGAACGAAGGCCAACUUUCUGUAAUUCCCCAAAAGCCUUGUUCUGAUCCCCAACCUGCGGUCCUUUUUCUAGGCCGAUCUUUUGACAUCCCUACCCAGGAUGAAUCUGCAGAUGGGGGCGAAUUCACCCCAGUAAAACCCAAGCAUAAGCAAAGGAAAGCCCCCCAUCUUCCCUCCCCCACUAGGCCAUCCCUCCCUAAAUAUAAUUUUCCCCUAAUAAUCCAGGGGUUGAAGGAACAGUUCCUUGCUCCCCUCAAGCUACAACGUGCUCUUCGAGAGCACUUUAACUUCACUCCCAGUGAGAUGCGUCGCGCCAGGGGGGGGUUUGUCCUGGGCUUCGCCAAUGCUAAAGACAUGAAUUCAGUGCUACAGGGGUGGCCAACAGAGAAACUCGGGGGACUGGCUAAGCCGCCAGGUUCCCUCACCCCCACUGAUACACGAAAGUUCGUGAUCAAGGGGGUGAGCCGAGAGGACGACCCUGAGGACCUUGCCACUGAGCUUAGAGAGCUUGGAUUUGAAGUGGUCAGGCUCCUUAGAAUGAGAAAAACCUCAACCGGUGAGGCCCUCAAUUGCCUUCUCUUCGAGACCAAGGCUGAUAUGUCAGCCAGCCUUGAAGAGGAAGGCCACAUUAGCAUAGGCCCCCUCAGAUUCCUAGUUGAGCCUUUCCAGGUUAGGCCGAGGAUGCUCCAAUGCCUUAGGUGCCACCAGUAUGGCCACACCAAAGCCAAAUGCAUGAAAAACAUCAGCUGCAUCUGCGCAGGAGACCACGAGGCCUCCUCCUGUCCCAACAGGGCAUCUGGGGUCCGAAGGUGCAUCACCUGCAAGGGAAACCAUAGGGCCGACUCUCGAACCUGCCCCAGUCGAACCACCCACAUGGGGCAUCUAGCCAAAAAAUUCCCCACCUCUAAUCUGGCCAUAUCCUACGCGGCAGUCGUUGCCAAAAGAUCCGGUACACCCGUGCCCAUCCCUGCUCCCCUUCCCGAACCACCUGUCCCAGUGCCUUCCCCUCCUCCAAUCCCUAACCAUCCAGCUCCCACUCCCAGAAAAAGAAUGACCCCCAUCCCCCAACCACCCAAGCCAUCCUCUCCCAACAAAUCCAUCAAACCCCAAACCCCCAUUCCUCCAUCUGAACCUACUAUCCCUCAUAAGCUUAUCCCUACCCUCAUAGAACUAGCUACUAAGUGCAUCCAAGUCUCCCCUGCGCGUGCCCUGACCAUCCUACACAUUAACAUCAAUGGUUUUAACGCUAAACGGGCUGAGUUCAUAAACUACCUUGAAGAGGCCAAGCCUCAUAUCAUUUGUGUCAGUGAACUCAAGCGUAAAACGCCUCCUUGUAUCAAAGGAUUCUAUUCUUUUAAACCUCCCCACCCUAAUAGACCCUAUAAUGGAGGCUCUGCCAUUUUCAUCUCUGAUAAGCUUGAUGCUGAGGACAUUACACCUUCCCAGCCUACUGCUACUAAUAUUGAACUAAUAGGAAUCAGCAUUAAAGCAAAUGGAACUAAAAUAAAUGUCUUUCACCUCUACUGCCCACCCUCAACCCUGACUCAAUCCGACCUCGACCGUCUCCCCAACAACUUCCUGGACCCUACCCUCCUCAUAGGUGACCUGAACGCCCACAGCCCCAUCCUCUCCUUCUGUGACAAGACCAAUCGACAUGGACGACUCAUAUCCUCCUUCCUUGACAACUCUGACUUUUCCCUCAUCAGCAGUCCCGAACCAACUCACAGCGCCUUCUCAAACCCCGACUCCCCACCCUACAGGCUUGACCUGACGCUUGCCAACCCCUACAUCCUCCCCCUAAUCCAUGACUGCUGCAUAGGAAAAGACCUGGGAUCUGAUCACCUUCCCAUCCUUGUGACAAUCAACCUGUUCCUGCAGGAAAGAGUGUCAGCACCCCGGACAACACCUGACUUCCCCAGAGCCGACUGGACCCGAUUCCAACUGACCCUUGACACCUGUCUCCCAGACACCCUCUCCAUCCUCUCCACCGACAACAUCCUCUCUGCAACCCAACUCAUCACUGAGGCCAUCCAAAUAGCCCAGGAUGACUCCAUCCCCCCCUUGACUACCAAAACCUCCAGACCAUACCUCCUCUCCCCAACAACCCUUUCCUUAAUUAAGAAACGAAGGGCCACUAGACGUAAAUUCCAUCUAACUAAAGCUCCUUGCCUCAAAAGAGCUAUUCUUGAUCUCAACAGGGAAAUCUCCUUGCAACUUAAACUAGAUGCUAACUACUACUGGGACAACUACUGGUUUAAGGAGAACCAGUCAGUCCUGGGCCGAACAUUGGAGCAGGCCGCAGAAAGAACACCUCAACCUGCAAGAUGACUCAGAACACCUCAACCUGUCAGAUGAAACCCACAGUUGCAGGCCCAGAGCUAAGUUACCCGCUAACUCCUAUAUACUAUGAAUAAUUCUCUAUUAACAUAAUUCCUGAGGAAGAAACCGUGAGAGUGAAUGAAUGAAAGUCUGAAUGAAAUAUGGCCACUUCUCAAGACCUAUAUUACAAAUAUUCCAGCUGUCCAUACCUGGCCAACACUAUUAUUGCUACAAUCCUUUUCAUAAAUUAAUUCCUAAAAAAUAUUUAAAAAAAAAAAAAACAAAUAAAAAUAAAUAAAAAAUAAAAAAAAAAUUCAAAAAGCAAAUAAAACCAACUAAAAAUCAAAAAAUAAUA